AGUUUAUCGUCAGUCUUACUUAAUCGUCAUUUGGCUCUUCAACUCAACGGAAUUGAAAUCGCAGAGACGCGACUCUGAAUUUUUCAUUUAUUCUUCUUGAUUAUUAGUUACUCUCCCAAUACUCUCAUAGACAAUAGAUUAAAAAUGGUUUCAACGCUGCAAGUGUGUGCCUUGAUAUUUAUCACUGGUAUUCAGGAUUCCUUAUCACAAUGGAAUCGUGACUCUUGCCGAAAUCCAAACGGAAUUAUUGGGACCUGUAUAAAUAUUCGCCAAUGUCCCUCACUUCUAAAUAUACUUCAAUAUGAAAAUUCGGAUCCUCAAAAAAUUAAAUUCCUGCAGAAUUCCAUUUGUGGAUACGAAGGAAAGGAUCCAAAAUUAUGCUGUGUUGAUCAGCAACUUCCAACACCGACGCUGGCCCCAGAUCCCAAUGAUAAUAAUAAUAAUGGCAAUAUUGCUUCACGUUCUGAUCUGUUGCCUGAAAACUGCGGUCCUGAUCUCCAAUUAAAAAUAGUCGGAGGUGUUCAAGUGAGAAUUGACGAAUUUCCUUGGAUGGCGCUUCUGGAAUAUCAAAAACCUACCGGUACGACCACAGCCUGCGGAGGAGUUCUGGUCAGCAAACGUUACGUGUUAACAGCCGCCCAUUGUCUCAAAGGAAAGGAUUUACCAAAAACCUGGAAAUUAAUCAACGUACGUCUUGGUGAAUACAACACAGACACCGAUCCCGAUUGCGUUAUGGACAGUGAUAAAUCAGAAAUAUGUGCCCCACCGCUGGUAACAGUGGGAAUCGAAGAGGCUAUUGCGCAUGAAAAUUAUCAGCCCUUGGACACUAAUCAAAUCAAUGAUAUUGCACUACUAAGACUCACCCGAGAGGUCCAAUUUACCGAUUACGUUCAGCCCAUUUGUCUUCCCAAGACCAACAAAUUGCCGCCGAGAUUUUGGGUCGCUGGCUGGGGAAAAACUGAAUUCAGAAGUUCAUCACCGAUCAAACUAAAAUUGGCUGUUCCAUUUGUCAAUCAAAGCAUCUGCGAAAACAAAUACGGAAUGUAUAACGUGAGACUUGGAAGUAGUCAGGUCUGUGCUGGGGGUGAAAUAGGAAAGGAUUCUUGCAGGGGAGACUCUGGUGGUCCGCUGAUGAGUGUGGAAACAGCUGCUGAUGGUACCCAAAAGUGGGCAGCUGCUGGAGUUGUCUCGUUUGGACCAUCCCCUUGUGGAAUGCAAGGGUGGCCUGGGGUUUACACAAGGGUUGCUGCAUUCACUGACUGGAUUGUCAGAAACAUGAGACCUUGAGGAAUCGAAAAAGGAAAGAAGGACUACGGGAAUUUUUGAGAAUAUUCCACACCUUUUUCCAUCAAAAUUCACGUUUUAUUGAUUUUUCUGAUCAGUUAUCGAUCAGACUGAGGUCGAGAGAACAUAACGUUGUUGCCUUUUGUCGUUAUUAAAUAUCGAUUCCAACGUUUCUUUUUGGUGAAAUGAUUUUUAUGAGUUUUUUUUACAGUUUUGGGAUUCUUAAAUUAAAUGUUAAAUAUAAAUAUUUGUGGUAAUUUGAUAAUAUUGCUACGUAUCUCCCUUGGAAUUUCCCCCCUUGGUCUCUGAUGGAACAUCCAGUGAAGCCCUUGGGUACGACAAUUAUCUUAAGGGGUUACUCUCAUGUGAACGCCUACAUUUUACCACUUUUUAUGAAAUUUUUUUUUAUGCGACAACAAACUUCAAUCAUGUUGAUUUUUUAAUAUAUUUUUAUGUGUAUAUUGAAAUGUACGAAAAAAAUUUUUUUUUUCGUUUUUUAUAUUUUUAACAUAUACUUUUUUAAAGUCAAAGUAGUCCCCAACAAAAAAAGGUAGUUCACUGGUCAUGGUGAUAGCGGCUGUUCAUGUUGUCUGAGAUAAAAAAAUCGAAUGGAUUAUUAUUCAGUAGAUCUGCGGCUAUCGUCCCUACCAAAUAUAAUAAAUUUCAUUAAAAAAAAAAAAUAUCGAACUUCAAAAAAAAAUCACGAAAAUCGUGUUCUUUUUCGUUAAAAAUCAUUUAAAAUAAAUAUGAAAAUAUUUUCGAAAAUAAACAAUUCUGAUAGGGACGAUAACUAUAAAUGAGUAGAAAAACAUAUGUAAAUUUUAAAGCAAUCGGUUGAAUAUUUUUUUUUUCUAGGACCAUGACAGUGUCAGAAAAUGAUGAUUCGAGAAAAAUGCGAUUAAAGUUUAAAGCCUGGUAGACAGUCGCUUACGACACGUCGGCGACUAUGAGCUGUAACUUAUCAAAUACUAUGAAUUUCGAUCUGAAUUUUUCACAGCAUGUUGUCAAUAGCUUUUACUGUCAAAAUAUUAAAAAAAAUCGAUUUUUCGAAGUGAUCACAGUCGAUCUUACGGAUCAUCGUCCUGUACUCCCUCCUAAUGAUUGAUACACCGCCCGAAUUGUGAAUUAACCUGUCUGUUAAGCUAUCUUUCUCUGGAUAUAAUAUUUUAAAUAAUAAUAUCAAUAUUGAUAAUAAUAUUAAUAAUAUGCGACAAAGGAAAUAAUAAUACAAAUCGCAAAAUUAAUAAAUAUUAAAUAAUUUGGACCAAAAAGGUGUGAAAUGUUCUAAAGAGAUUCUAAAGAUAAAUUAAGGGCUAAUAGGGUUUGAUGAAAAUCAGGAAAAUAAAAAUGAUAGAUCUAAUGUAAAUGUAAAUAUGCAAUUGUAGUGAAAAAUAUCUCAUAAUGUUUUUCUUGGAAAUGUCCAUUAUAUCGGAAAAUCGGUGAAAUGAAGUUACGUUUCACAGAUUGCAGAUUAUUCUGCGAAUUGAAGAUUUUGUACAGCGAAUUUUUUUUCUACGUUAAACAGCAAAAUUCGGAAAUCGUAUUUGAUGUAAAGUAGUGUAUGUAUUCAGAUCAGUCUUUUAAAAAUUGAAUAUCAUUUCAAUUUCCUCGAAACUCAGUAAAUAAAUUAUUAUUAAGAAUUUUCUACGCGUUGUUUGCAACAAAAUUGUAACCGAAAAUGCGGAACUGGAAUAAUUGAAAAAUGUUCAUUUUUCCAGUUACUAAGUUAUACGUUACAGGCUAUAUAUUAUAUAAUAUAGUAUAUAUUAUAUAAUGUACAGGAGCUAGGUACAUACGAGUCUCGAAUCAAGGUCGCAGCGGAGUGGGGAUUUCUUGAUUAUUGACCAUCUAUGCGAGUAAUGGGUAUUUCCCAUAGAAUGUCAUGUGGGAUUUUUGUAAAGUAUAAUACAUGUUCUUUAUUUACCUAGAAAGUCAACGGAAGACGUCAGAAAAAAAUCCCUGCGUGGUUUCAAUUUUUUUACAUCUUUUUUAUUCGUUAAAAAAUUCCAUUUCAAGGAGAAGUUUAUAGCAAUAAUAUGAAGGCUAUACUUAUUUGAUAUUUUUAAGUUAAAUGCUCAAAUUGAUAGAAUAACAAAGUAUUCAUCGCAUAAAAAAGUAUACCUCAAAGUCAAUGAAUCCGAAAAGUGGAAAGUCCAACUAAAAAAAUAAAAAUAUAAAUUGGCAUUCAGUAAUUAUCAACAACAUAAUUAGUUUAAGGCGUUCAUUGAAGCCAUUUUGAUUUAUAUCAAACAAUUUUGGAAUGAAAAAUAUUCUUCACAAUAUUAAGAAUCUUAAACAAAAAGUUUCUAUAGAAACAAGAUGUAUGGAGUUUGUCUGCAUUUUUAAGGCUUUGAUUAAAUAAACAAAAUAAACAAAA